AUGGGAGCCAUGCUUCCAACAAUGAUUGGUUUGAAUCAAGCAACCCAGGGGAGUCGAGAUCAAGAAGAGGCCCGGAGCAACGAAGCACGAAAACAACGUGGACAUUUAGUAGCCAUAUGUGCCCUUACACAGGGGACACCGAAAAUGCGCCAACAAGUUCACAAUGGACGGGUCCAAGUGGGUCUGGAUGGCAAACUUUACAUCACCAAGAAUCCAACACCAACGAUGGUCCCAUUCAACGGUGGUUUCUACAAACAUCCCGAUUUCACCCCCGAUAACAUGUCUGGUAUCGUCACUAUCAGUGGAGAGAAAGCGCCCACGCUACGCUGGGUAUUUAGAGACGCGAAGACGCAUGAAAUGCGCUGGGGCGGCCGUCCGGAUUCUGAGGGACAUGUAUGUGGACCCUUUGACUGCACGACAGAUGAGCAGUACGUCACAAUGGAGGGGUGGGAAGGCUGGUUGGCGGUGCGUCUUCCGGAGGAUGAGGCAGAGGAUGAAGCCAAGGCUGAAUUGGGAAUGGUACAGGGGCGCGGAAUCUGGCGGCUGUACUUUGAUGGCAAUGAUGACGGGGCAGAUCUCCCGGCUGGCGCUGAGGGUUUGGAGAUUCGUCUCAAGCGAACAGCAGCAGAGUCGUAA